AUGUGCCCGCCUACAGGCCUGGAAGACCUCAGUGACAAGCAAUAUCGGCUUCUGCGUGGAAACAUCGAGGCAUUCGUGGCUGGACAACCUGUAGAUGACCUGCCACAGUCAUUUCAAGAUGCUGUUGGAGUUGCACGUAGCAUGCAAAUCAGGUACUUGUGGAUCGACUGCCUUUGUAUCAUCCAGGAUUCAGAAGAAGACUGGGAAACACAGAGUCUCGAGAUGCGCGAAAUAUACGCGCACUCAAUAUGCAAUAUCUCUGCCACUGGAGUUCCGCACAACUCGAUGGGUUUUACGGAUAUGCUCAACAAACCCCUCCUUCUCCCAGCAAAAGUCCAUCCUUCAUGGGCACCUUCGACCAAAGGUGGUUGGGUAGCGAUUGAUGUUCACUUUUGGUGGGCAGAGGUCUGGAACACAGCACUCAUGAAGCGUGGGUGGGUUUUCCAAGAAAGAUUUCUGCCCCCAAGAGUACUUCAUUUUGGAUCGCGACAAAUGCUAUGGGAAUGUGCGACGGUCGAUGCGUGCGAAAUCUACCCGAAUGGAUUGCCGCAGGAGACACAAACUGAAAGCCACGUCAAUUUUAAACGACUAGAUAUUGUAGAUAUGCUCGAUUUCAGCAAAGAGUUUAGUGGAUCUGCGGCGGUCAGCAGGCAUGCCACAUACGGUGAGCUCCUUCUCAGAACCUGGAGUCGCUUUGGCUCCAUAUUUUCGAACACGCCACGUUCUGCAUCGAUACCAUCACUGCCUGCUAAGUCUUCAGUCCCAUGCAAAGACAUUGUGCAAAGUCCGCAUGCGGUAUCUGCGGAACUUUUACAUUUUUGGUGUAACACCGUCUCAGCAUAUACGCGCACACGCGUCACGAAGCCUGACGACAAAUUGAUAGCGCUAGCAGGAGUGGCGGAGAUGACAUCGUUAUUAUACCACCGCUAUUACCACGUUCCGGCCACAUACUAUGCUGGCUUGUUCGAUCCACAUCUUAUUCAGAUGCUUGAAUGGCACGGCGCAGGAUCAAAGGCAGGGGGCCGAGCGCUGCAUUACCGGGCUCCGAGUUGGUCAUGGGCAAGUGUUGAAUAUCGUGUGUUAUUCGAAUUUGCACCACGAAUGUUCGACGCACGGGAAGUUCUGAACCGCCGCACUACUUGGGAAUCCUUCAUCUACUAUUGGAACACCGAGCGCGGUCCAGAAACUACUAUGUUAUCACUUCCCACCAUUCAGCUCGACUGGAAGUCCUUGGUUGCUGAUGUCUUCGUGGAGCUCACUCAGACAACACAAUCCUCCGAGUUUGGGCAAGUAUCUGACGGCCAUUUAAGUCUUCGGGGACUGGUUUGUCCUUUGAAAAAUAUACCUUCAUCGGCACCAUUCAUGGUCUUUCAAGACGACCCGUAUGUGCCAAUUCAAGACGGGACCUACUGCUUACCGUUGCGAUGUAUCAUCUUGGAUAGCGAGGCAGAUAGAAAGACUACUAUACGUAGUAAAAUAUUGUAUUGGGUAACCGGUCUGUUAUUAAAAUCACUCGAAACCUCGGAUUCGACUUUUCGGAGAGCUGGAUUGUUCUGCAUAUUCUCGUCAGACGGCUUCAACGCUUUGGGCAUAGAAAUCGGGGAUUCGCCUUUUGACGUUCGUUUCUCAGAAAGAGCAGUUAUGAGCGAUGGAGAAGGUGCUCUCAUCAUUGUGCCGCCGACCACUUGGUUGAUCACGAUUGGCGCCAGUGAACAUGCAGAGGGCAGUGGCACGAUGCCCGCAAUCAUCGGGCCUUGA